GUACUUCUAUGAGUUCCUGUCUUUGCGCUCUUUGGAUAAAGGCAUAAUGGCUGAUCCAACUAUAAAUAUCCCUCUGCUUGGAACAGUUCCUCAUAAGGCAUCAGUCGUUCAGGUUGGAUUUCCUUGCCUUGGAAAACAAGAUGGCGUUGCUGCGUUUGAAGUGAAUGUGAUCAUAAUGAAUUCAGAAGGCAAUGUUAUUCUCCAGACCCCUCAGAACGCCAUCUUCUUUAAAACCUGUCAGCAAGCGGAGUGUCCAGGAGGAUGCAGAAACGGAGGGUUUUGCAAUGAAAGACAUGUGUGUGAAUGUCCGGAUGGAUUUUAUGGACCUCACUGUGAGAAAGCGCUGUGUGCUCCUCGCUGCAUGAACGGUGGGCUCUGCAUUACACCCGGCCUCUGCAUAUGCCCCCCAGGGUUCUACGGCAUCAACUGCGACAAAGCAAACUGUACAACAACCUGUUUCAAUGGAGGAACAUGUUUCUAUCUCGGAAAAUGCAUUUGUCCUUUGGGCUACGAAGGAGACCAAUGUGAAAUUAGUAAAUGCCAUCAGCCCUGUCGAAAUGGAGGCAAAUGUACUGGUAAGAAUAAAUGCAAGUGUUCCAAAGGCUACCAGGGAGACCUGUGUUCAAAGCCUGUCUGUGAACCCGGCUGUGGCCUGUACGGCACCUGUGUUGAGCCCAACAAAUGCCAGUGCAAAGAAGGCUGGCACGGGAGGCACUGCAAUAAAAGGUACGGAGCCAGCGGUCUGAGCGCCCUGAGGCCAGCAGGCAGCAAGCACAGGCAGCACACGCCUUCACCAAAAAGGGCCAAGGAGAGGCAUGUUCCACCCGAAUCCAAUUAUAUCUGGUGAACUACAACAUCUGAAACGGUUCCUGUUACACAAAGUUCAUAGCCUUCAUUAACCUCUCAUGGAUUGAAUGUUAAAACGCUGUUCCUUACAGUUAAGAUUACCAGCUGGAAUUUUAUUAGCUUCAUUAUAAACCACUGAGCUGAUAUUUAGUAUUCCUUUUAAGUUUUAUAAAUACUUCUAUAGCAUGAUUAUAUAGGCUGCUUCUUUCAGUGCUUUGAAUGGUGUUUUGUACUAUACUUCAGUUACAUUUAAACUUACUUUUUUUGAUUACAUAGCUGCAAAUAUUUUCCAAAAAUUAAGUAACAAUAUUCAAACACAAAACCUUGUAGAUGCUAACCUGGAUCAUUUCAAUGACUACAGAUUUAAUUUGCCUAAGACAAAAGACAAAUGCAUUUUACAUUUUUGCUAUUGUGUAUUUAGACUUUUCCCUAAGAAAAAUAAAUAAGUUGCCUAAUUUAAAAACUGAAUAACUCAAAUUCAAUGUUAUUUUGGCCUUACAGUUUUGCUAAGUAUUGUGUAUUAAAAAUACACUUCAGUGGUGCCAUUUAACCAGCGUAAUACAUUGUAAACAAAUUAGAACUAUACUGUAUGAACUCUUUGCAUCGGCUUGAAGCAGUAUAAUAUAUUAUAAACAAAACAGCUUUAUGUAAUUAACUUUUUAUACUGACAGUUAUGUAUAAAAUAAAGAUGCUGCUUUAGUUUUUCGA